AUGUAUCUACCCUCACAUCAUUUCCAUCAUACCAGGUACAUUAGAGAGGCCUGGCCAGAGCUGGCCAAGACAGGAGACUUUGGAGUCUACUACUCCGACGAAGCUGGUGACCGUUGCACGCUGAAUGAGAGGACCUUCCCCGACUGCAUUAUGCUGCUAGAGGAACGCAAUGCUAAUAAGGACGCUGAAGAACUACCGGUUCUCAAGCUGACCAUCGAGCGCUCUCAUGGGCGUCGCUCUCUGGCCACACCUCUGCCCAGACCGCCACAUGUUAUGGAGGAGACUUCUAGACGGGUCGAACAGAGAAUCGGCUGGCGUUUGAGAAAUCACUGCGAGCCGGUCACUAAGGGCGGCCUCGAGGGUAUGCAGGCUAAGCCAGUGGUCCACUAUGGGUUCAUAUGCGACGGAUGCGAGAUGGACCCUCUGGUUGGUGAUAG